GUUUGAAAAAAACAGGGCGCCAGUGGUAUGCGUUUAAAGCUUCUUGCCCUUAGUUGUAACCCCAACUCACUCACUCACUCAUUCACUCCGCCACUAUCAAAACCAUGCUUGCAAACUCGAGACCCCCUUUUCUACUCGGGAGGACACAAUACAGUAGAGUGUUGUUGCGCAAGAUCAGUUGGUUAGUUACUUGGUGGUCGCUUUCGAAAAUGUGUUGUUCCCUUUGCUCUUUCUCUCUGCAGAUAUUUGCAAGAGUUGCUGUAGAACUUUGGCGGCGCAAAGUGUGUGUGUGUGUGUGCGCCGGAUCGUCUCUCGCCAAAAGGGAAUCUCUAAAAGACAUGCCAGUACCAGGACGCCGGGGAGAAUCGCACGAACGCUGUGUGUGCAAAUAACGUGUUACAAGAAGUGUGUGUGUUUGUUUGUAUUUGUUUAGAGAGCCGCUGUAUAUCGGGCUUCA